GCGGACAUUUGUUGGUCAUUCGUGCACGUAACAGUAUAUUCUUAUGUCAAGAAAAAUAAGGAAAGUAAGGGAGAGCUUAUUGGCCUGGUUCCUAGCCGAGAAUCAGGAUGUCAUGCUGAAUAAUUCACUAAAGAAGGAAGAAAAAUAUUUGUCUUAAAAAGAAUUAAAAUCAGUCUCUAUAGAUCGAAAAUAAAGGAACAACAUUCUUUCAAGACUAGAUUUAUUUGUUUCAGCGAUAUUCUCAGCUUGUAUCCAGCAUAUUUUUUGUGAGGAAAUUUUUCCAAUUUUUCGCAUUUUUCUGAAGAGGCCAAGUUUAUUAUAACUAGUUUACAAGCCCACUUCCUGACGUGGUUUGUGGUUUUCAGCAAUUUGUUAAUGAUUGAUCGGAAAACAAAUACUGAAGGAAUAUUUAUUUCUACUACAGAUGUACACAGUAGUGGUGUAACAUCGUUCUCGACCUGAGCUAAGUUAUUUUGGAUCAAGUGGUGUAGUUAACCGUGAAAAAGUCGGACAAAAAAAGUAUUAGCUCAAUUUUUUCAUAUCGUGCUUGUUCCCAAUUUCGAGAUUAACAAAGGCCGAGUAUUAUCGAACGCGUACCUGGGUGUAAAGGAAAAGGUGGGGACAUAUUUCUCACUUGACAGUAGAACUUUUGAACUCAGAGGAAAGCCUCACAUUUCGUUGGCAAGCCACUGAUUGGUUAUUCUCGAAUUACUUUUGAGAUAGCCAAUCAGAGCCCGGGAUUUUCUUCCCGCUGAAGAAUGUUCACAAAAGUUUGCGAUCAAGGUUUCGCCUUCGUCUGGCAUGUGGGUUGUCUCAAAUUUCAUAAAAAUCCCCUCCACAGCGUUACCGAAGAUUGCGGGCCUAAUAAAAGAGGGAUCAUGGAGAUAUACCGUUGUUCCCGUUUGAAGAAACAUUUGAGAAGUUUUUCAUAUUUGGCGAGAUUUCUAGCUCUGUUAUUGUUUCUUCGAGAGGCUGAUGGACAGUCUCCGUGCUACAACGAGAUCACGAAAGCUCCCCUCAGAUGCAUGCCGUCUUUUGGAAACGCUGCCUUCAAUAAAGCAGUUCAAUCCAACAACACUUGUGGAACUCCUCCGAGCGAAUUUUGCGUUCAAACUGGUGUCACUUCGCCCACCAAGCAAUGCGAAACUUGCGAUGCAAAGCAGGAUCAGUAUAGCCAUCCCGCAGUUUACAUCACUGAUAUUAAAAACGAUCAAAAUAGAACGUGGUGGCAGUCUGAGACGCUUGAAACCUCGAACAAACCCGUUUCCAUCACUCUCGAUCUUGGAAAGACCUACGAUGUAUCUUAUAUCAGGAUUCGUUUUAGAUCGCCGAGGCCGGAGUCGAUGGCAAUUUACAAGAAAACUAGCACUGAUCCAAACGCUCCGUGGAUUCCGUAUCAAUACAUGUCAGCUUCGUGCGAGAAAACAUACAAGGUGAAAACGAAUGAUAUUGUGAGAACAAACCAACAAGUGUUGUGCACAAAUGAAUUCAGCAGUAUUUCUCCUCUAACUGGAGGGAAUGUGGCUUUUACAACGCUGCAAGGUCGACCGGAUAACCUCAACUUUGAUAACAGCCCCGAAUUGCAAGACUGGGUAACGGCCAGUGCGAUUCGAAUCGAUUUAAAUCGAAUGAAUACAUUUGGAGAUGAGAUGUUUGGUGAUACUACCGUGUUAAGGAGCUAUUACUUUGCCAUCAUUGAUUUGACUGUCGGGGGAAGAUGCAAAUGUAACGGGCACGCUGCAAGUUGUGGGAAGAAACAAUUGCCUUCGGGAGAUCUUCAGUUGAUGUGCAUAUGUGACCACAACACCACAGGAGUGGACUGUGAAGAAUGCCAUCCGCUUUACAACAAUCGGCCAUGGGCCAGGGCUACCGAGAGCAGUGCCAAUGAAUGCAUUAAGUGUGAUUGUAAUGAUUUGGCUGACAGCUGUGUUUAUGAUGAAAUUCUUGGCUAUGGACGGUGUGAAAACUGCAAGAGAAAUACUGCUGGCCCUAAAUGUGAACGCUGCCGUGACAAUUUUUUCCGCCUGACACCAUCUGAUGACUGUCAGGCAUGUAACUGUGAUCCUGUGGGCUCAGCUUCAUUACAGUGUGAUACAAAAGGAAAGUGUACCUGUAAGCCAGGAGUAACAGGCAUCAAGUGUGAUAAAUGCCAGGCAAACUUUUUUGGGUUUUCACAGACUGGUUGUAGGGCUUGCCAGUGUGACCUUGAAGGAACAGAUCCAAGCAACACGCAAUGUAAUGAAAAAGGAGAAUGUUCUUGCAAAAGGAAUGUGAUUGGUGCCAAGUGCAACAAAUGUAGGACUGGAUACUUUGGAUUGGAGAGUUCCAACCCACAUGGCUGUAGACAGUGCUUUUGCUAUGGACACACAAAUGUAUGCGAUAAAGCUGAAGGUUAUGUUGGUCGAAACAUUUCAAAUGACUUCACCAGAGGUUUGAAUGGUUGGACUGUCAUCAAUGAACAAGGUAGCGAUGUUACUGACCAAUAUGCAGUUCCCCAUGUGGGAGAGGGUCAUAUCAGUGUUACAGCAAUAGGAAAUGAGGUCCUUUAUGUGUCAGCACCAGCAAUGUACCUUGGAAACCUUCGUAGUAGUUAUGGCCAGCUCUUUGGUUUCUCGUUUCGUGUAGCAGCUGUAGAGGGGGUUCAGGUGGAACCAAGCGAUAUCAUUUUGGAGAGUGAGGAUGGAACUCAAGUAUCUGUGAGGCUUAAUGCACAGAACAACCCAAUUCCUAACACUGAUUUUCAAAAUUACGUUUUUCGUCUGCAUGAAGAUCCUUCUCUUGGUUGGCAGCCAAUGCUUAGGGGGUUUGACUUUCAAAAAUUGUUGACUAAUUUGAAAGCUAUCAAAAUUCGCAUGAAUUAUGGCCCCCAAGGAACCGGCUUGCUUGACAAUGUUUUCUUGGAAUCAGCAUUGUAUGAUCCAAGGAGUGCCCCUGAAUUGCAGGUGCCUUGGGUUGAAAAUUGCACUUGCCCAGCUCCUUACACAGGUAAAAACUGUGAACAAUGUAGUGUGGGCUACACCAGGCAAAGAGGAUCAGACAAUAGAUAUGGCCAGUGUAUUCCAUGUCAGUGUUAUGGUCACUCAGACUCUUGCGAUCCUGUGACAGGGGUUUGCAGCUGUCAAGACAACACUGUGGGUGACAACUGUGAGAAAUGUAAAGAUGGCUUCUAUGGAAACCCAACUGUAGGAAAUAAAGAUGAUUGCAAGCCUUGUCCCUGUGUGUUUGGCUCCCGCUGCAUUCAGAUUGCUGAAAGAGUUGUUUGCACAGACUGUCCUGAAGGUCACACAGGGGAUCUGUGUGACUAUUGCCAAGAUGGUUACCAUGGUGACCUUCUAGGUUCAUCAAUUGGUUGUGAGAAGUGUAACUGCAGUGGUAAUAUAGAGAUGAAUGCAAUAGGAAACUGUGACUCCCUCACUGGUGAAUGCUUAAAAUGUAUUUACAACACUAGGAAUGGUCCACUUGAGAGAUGUGAACUCUGUGCUGUUGGAUUUUAUGGAAAUGCCACCCAUUAUCCAAAACCUCAAUGUAUAGCAUGUGACUGUUACACUCAAGGCACUGUGAAACCUCCUGACCACAAUCCUGAGGAUCCCCUCCCUUGUGAUGACAAAGGCAGAUGUAGUUGCAAAGAAAAGGUUAUUGGAGACAACUGUGAUAGCUGUCAAGACACCUACUGGAAUGUGGGCUCUGGGAAUGGCUGUGAGCAGUGUUUGUGCGAUAAAACUGGUUCGCUUAACGACAGCUGUGAUGUCAUCACAGGGCAAUGUCCGUGUAAACCUGGAGUGAGUGGAAGGACAUGUGACCAAUGUCAGUCUGAUCAUUUUGGCUUUUCUGAUCAGGGAUGCCAGCCUUGCAUCUGUAACCCUCAAGGUUCACUUGGUGAGAGCUGUGACGAGUAUGGCGUGUGCAGCUGUAAGUUGGGAGUCCUGGGAAUCAAGUGUGACUCGUGCGAGGAAAAUAAACAUAACUUGACGGCCGGCUGCAUCCGUUGUCCAGCAUGUUACAACGAAAUUGAGCUGUUGGUCAACAGGCUGAGAAUUAAUAUCCGAGAACUCGUCAGGAUCAUGGACCAGUUUAACUCUAGCUCAAGUGGAGGAAUUGUGGUGGAUCCCAACUUUGAACGUCGUCUCAAGGAACUUAAGGAAGCAAUCAACAAUCUUCUGGAGAAGGCAGAGAAGUCAAAUUCAACUGACCGCGCCCUUCAAGAACAACUUCAGGUUCUAACCGAGCGUGUGGAUAAGAUAAAUGAGAUCAUGACUGAUGUGAUAAAUAACACAAGUGUGACGGAAGAGCUCAUCAGCAGUGCGCUUGGAAAUAUUUCCGAAGCUGAGCAGUCCAUAAAUCGAUCGCGUUUGAUGCUCGAUGAGGCGGAAAAGCUGUUGGUGGACAGAGGUGAAAAAGCGUUAAAUGAAUCAAUACUUGCGGCGAACAGUACCAGUGAACAGGCCACUAGGAUGGCGGAGAUUAGGAAUGAGACCUCUCUUCUGGCCGAUAAACACGAAAAUGAGGCUGACGGCGUCAUUGAAAAUGCGAACGAAAUUCUGAACAAGUCUAAACAAGCGGUGAGUGAUACGGAAAAAGUCGUCACUGCGCAGAAAAAGACAACAGAUGGUUUAGAGGAGUUGCUCAGAAAAUUCAAUAAGACAAUCCAAAUGCACCAACAAGCGGCAAAUACUGCAGAUAAGUCACGUGGUAGUUCCCAGAGUGCUCUUGAUGAGGCGAACGAGUUGUUUGAGAAUGGAACCGCGCCACUUCCUGAGUUCGGUUUACAAGAGAUGAAAGCAAAAAUCAACAACUCCAAAGCAGAAUUGGCCAUCACCUCAAACUCUACUGAAGAGAUCCUGAGUGACCUGGAAACACUGGUCACCACUUUCGCCAUGAAGGAAGAAUACGUUAGAAAGAAAAUGGCUGAGUGGCCAGGCCUUUUCGAAACACUGCAGGAACUGUUGACCAAUGUCACCGGCGCUAACGAAACUGCUCAUAACGCGAUUGCUCGAGGGGAGGAGACAUUAAAGAAGGCGAAAGACUUGUUGGAAAGACUUAAAAAAUUCAACGAAAUCAUCGACACUUCCAGAGCAGAGGCUGACCGAGCCGAGGCCAACACAACAGAAAUAGAACGACUAAUCAGUUCAGCUAAUAACAAGUCAGAUGAGGCUGCUGUUACCUUGGAAACUACUGAGAACCUGGCCAGGAAGGCGAAGACAAUAGCUGGGGAGGCGAGUGAGACAGCUAACAGAACAGGAGAGAAAGCUAAAGAAAUUAAAGAAGAAGCAGAACUACUUACGAUCCCUGAAGACAACGUCACUGAUCCAGUUUUGGAAGCCACCGAUGAAUUGAACGACCACAAGAAUACCGCUGCCGAAGAGGAGAAGAGUAUUGCAGACGCGCUGAACAAGACAAAAGAAGCUGGCGAGGCUGCGAAGAAUGCGCGCGAAAAAAUAAAAGAGGUUCAUGAUAGGCUAAUGGCACUUCUGAAAGAGAUUGAGGGCCUGGGCUCUGUGAAUAUGACGAUAAUGAAUCGCAUUAAAAAUCAGCUUCAGAACGAAACGGACUUGGUACGUCAGUUGGACCGUGAAGUAUCAGCAGUGGAAAAAGAGAGGGAACAAAUAAAGAAUCAAAUAAAAGAAUAUACUAUAGAUCUAACUAGAUAUCGCGCGCAAAAGAAACUUCUUCAAGAGACGUAUGAAAAGCUCCCGAAAGUUUGCCCUCGUACGACUCCACGACCAGAAACGUAGAAAUGAUUAAGUUUUGUAUUUGUGACACUAACAUGAAGGUCGUUAAGGUUCUGCGCGACUGAAAUAGGACGGCCAAGAACAACGCAUUAAACAUCUUCUGCUAAACAACGUUUCUCAACUAAACGACAACUUUGUUUAUUAUCAGUAUUUUGUUAUUAUUAUGUAUCAAAUUAUAGCAAUAAGAUAUGCAUUUACCCUUUUGUAUCGCCAAGUAUUCUCAAAUAAUUGCUCAGUUUUAGGAUGGAGUUGCACAUUAUGUUAUCGAAUGGUAUUUUGAAAUUAACAUUUCUAUCUUAAUUAUGGUUCAUAUUAAUCAAUGCAAGUAUGUUUACAGAAAUGGAAGUGAAAUUAACUUUCCAAAUUUUAAUGUUCACACAUUUAAAACGGUUUUCUUAACAACAACUUCAAUAAAUUGUUAUUGCGUUUUUCAUCGUUGAUACGGGUUUGUUCUCUUCGAGAUCAACCAUUUAGAGGAGUCAUUUUUGCAUUUGCUUGCAUUAUUUAUUUGCUUAAGUCAAGCUCUCAUAUAUAUAUGAGUAAAUAGCUGUCGUAAAAGACAUGCGGGCAUCAGCCGGACCAAGUAGCAUAUAACUCCGUUUCAAGACAAGGCGAUACUGGUCGCUUCAGACUGUUAUGUCACUCGGUUUCCCUGUACAAUCGGCUUUGUCAAUAAAACAAUUUUUCUUCUUUUGUGUCA